AUGGAUGAACAAGACAGUGUUAAAGCAGGCAAGGACAAGAAAUAUUAUCAGUGUGAAGCAAGAGAAAAUCUUAGGAAAUAUCGUUUAGAAUAUGGCUGUGGUGAAACAUCUAAAAUUUCUGAAAAUAAUAAACCAAAGGUUGGGGAUAAAGUCUGGUAUAGAGCUAUUAACCCACAAGAAGGUAAAUUGGAGCCAAAACGGCAGGAGAAAGGUAUAAUAGUUGAAAUUAAGUUUAAUUCCUAUAAAGUAAGGUUAGAAGACGGUAGAACAAUAGUUGCAAGCAAAAAUCAUGUUAAAAGUUUAAAAGAGGAAGUAGCACAGGACAGUAAGGAUGUAGACAUGUCAAUCAGCAGUAUUGGGUUAAUGGAUUUGAUAUGUCUGUUAUAUAAAUAA